AUGGCUGCCAACGAUUCAUCCUAUACCAUUGCUCCUUUAGAGCACACGCCUCUCGAUGAGAUCGCCGCCAAGGUCGAUCUCGUAAGGAAGACCUUCAGAUCGGGCCGUACCAAAGACAUGGAGUUUCGCAUGAAGCAGAUUCGCAAGCUGUACUGGGCUAUCGUCGACAACACUGAACUGAUGCAAGAUGCUCUCAUCAAAGAUCUUCGCAAGUGCAAGUACGAGGCCGUUCUGGCCGAGAUUGAUUGGUGCAAGCAAGAAUGUAUCGACAUGGUCAACAACAUGGAAAAAUGGCUUCGCGAUGAGCCUGUCCCCAAUGUUCCCUUGCAGUUCCGUGCCAUGAAGCACCGCACUCGCUUCGAACCACUCGGUGUUGUCCUCAACAUCGGAUCCUUCAACUUCCCUUUUCAGCUCAACCUCCCUGUUGUCAUUGGCGCGAUCGCUUGCGGUAACUGUGUUGUUCUCAAGGCCUCUGAAUCAUCUCCCAACUGUGCCAUGGUGCUCAAGAAGAUCUUUGACGAGUCCCUGGACCCCGAAUGUUUCACAUAUGUUAAUGGUGCUUUGCCCGAGACUCAACUUCUGCUCGAGCAGAAGUUCGACAAGAUUUGCUUCACCGGUGGCAAGGCAGUCGGCAAGAUUAUUGCCCAGAAGGCUGCCGAGACCCUGACUCCUGUGCUUCUCGAGCUCGGUGGGUUGAACCCGGCCUUUGUCACCAAGCAUGCCAACCUCAAAUUGGCCGCCAGACGACUUCUGUGGCAGAAAUCUCUCAAUGCAGGCCAGGUUUGCAUGUCUCACAACUACAUCCUCGUCGAGCGAAGUGUUCUUUCUCAAUUCUUGGGGGAGCUCAACAACCAGAUGCGCACCUUCUUCCCCCAAGGUGCCAAAAACAGCCCUGACCUUUGCCGCAUCGUCAAUGCUGGCCACUUCAACCGCCUCAAGAAGAUGCUUGAUGGCACCAACGGCAAGAUCGUCCUCGGUGGCUCCAUGGACGAGUCGACCCUCUUCAUGGAGCCAACGGCGGUGCUUGUUGACGACAUCAACGACAGUAUGAUGACCCAAGAGGCGUUUGGCCCCAUUUUCGCAAUGAUGGCGGUUGAUUCCCUUGACCAGGCCAUCGACAUUGCUAAUACAGUUGACCCGACACCACUCUCUCUUAGCGCCUUUGGAAGCAAGGCCGAGAACAAUAAGAUUCUGGAUAAUGUUACCUCCGGCGGCGCCACAUGUAACGAUGCCUUCUUCCACUCUCAGAUUCCACAGUCGCCCUUGGGAGGUGUUGGCCAGUCUGGAAUGGGCAACUAUCAUGGCAUCUACUCUAUCAGAACUUUUAGCCAUCAGCGUACUAUCGCCGAAGUCCCUUACUGGGCUGACUUCCUGUUUCGCGUGCGAUACAUGCCAUACCAGUGGCCCGUUAUGAACCGAAUGAAGGCUGUUGCCGACUCAAAGCCUAACUUUGACCGAAACGGUAACAAAACCAAGGGAAUUACAUACUUCCUUGCCCUGGUCCUCGGUCUCGGAUCAAAGAAGUCCAAGGGCGCUCUUCUCAGGUGGGCCGUCCUUGUGGUUGCAGCCGCCAUACUGGAAGCAAAGAAAGGUGUUCUGAGCCAAUUGCUCACACGAUAA